GAACAAACCACCUUGAGUGAUUUGGUAUGUCAUCAGAGUGAUUUGGUAUUGUCAUCAGAGUAGAUAAAAAAGUUACCAAAGAGCAGAGUAAUACCACACCAAGAAAUCUCAUGGGAUACCAAGAGUGCAGGUGAUUCAGCCCAUAAUAUAACCUAUGGCUGUCAUCUACGGUGCCCACAUGACCCAAAUCCUGCAUAUCACUGAGGCAACCAGACCAAGCAAAUCAAAAGACGAAUAAUCCACCAGUGAAACAGUAUCCUACACCCUCCUACACUCCUACACCCUCACAACAGAGCAGAGAUGGAUGCUGAGGAGAAGAAGCAAGUCAGCUCUUCAAGCUGCGUCUCUUUGAGGAGUGACAACUCAAUAGAUGAACCUCCAUGCUUCAGCGAGCAAGAAGGGAACUCUCCAUGUACUAAGACAGACAGCAUGAAUGCAAACAACGAAAGCAGACCUACUUGCCUGUCUCUGAGGAGUGACAGAUCGAAGAGCCCGCCACCAGAGUUUUGCUUUGGAGAUACAGAUGACAGGAAUGUCAUACCAGUCACAUCACAAUUACCUGUUGGUGGGCCACAGGCAACAAUAAAAGACUGUGGCCUUGAAUUCCCACCACUAAUUGACAACUGGACUAAAGAACACGUGAGAGACUGGCUGGUCAGUAGACUUAAAAUAGCAGAGAAAUUGGCACAGAAUCUCUAUGACCAAGAGUUGUCAGGAGCUUGCUUAAUCAGCUUUGGCAAACAAGACUUGUUAGAACUGGAUGUUCCGCUUGCACCAGCAAUACAAAUCAUACGACAGGUUGAGAAGUUCAGAAGGCAUUCAGAGAUUUCUGAGUCAAGUGUGAAAAUGUCAAAGAGUCGUUAUGAACCAAGAAAAGGUGAUUUAUGCCAAGGUAUAGAGAUGCUGGAUGUGUCAGGAAAUAUGGAUGAAUCUGUGGAAACUGAAACAGUGCCAUCAGAUUCAGGAUUUCAAAGUGUAAGCUCCAUUUUGCAAUCAGCAAGAAACAAAAUAAAAUCUGUAAUAGAACAGAAGACAACUAAUAGUGCACAAUUAGACACUGAAACAACCAACAAUGUGGAACCUUUACAACAGAUGUCAGCACCAAACACAUCAGAGGGAAGGCCUUCACAAGGCAAUCAGGGCCAACAGCUAAAACAGCUGAUAACUCACGGAAGAGAUUCAUUUGACAAUUCCCUUCAAGUCAUUGUUGUUACCGACAAAUGUGAUCCAAGUCAGCUGGAGAACUUGGAUUUUCUGAAAGACAUGAAGUUAUUAGCAGUACUUGAGUUUGAUCCGGAGUCUAAUGUGAAUGGAACAUGCAGCUUUUACAGAAGAGAUCGCAUAGCCAAUCUGCACUAUCCACGCAUGUACACUACUCAGGACAGUGCAACUACAACCAUUCAGAAUCUGAACUUGUUCAAGCAAACAAGUUGGGUUUUCUGCAAUGGGAAAGUGAAUGCAGAAAGUGAGACGGACAGGCCAUUAGAACCUUGUGCAUGGCUUAAAAAACGUUCUCGUGACAUAAACAACAUGGUUUCAUUUCUUUGCAACCCAGAUUUGCUUUCCAAAGAUAGACUCCUAGUGUUAUUCAUUCUUCACUCAGAAGUAACUGACGUUUCAAGCCCUAUUUUGGAGGCUUUCUGUGCAAUCUAUCAGACACUGGAAGGGGUGGACAACAUGUUGUGCAUAUGCAAAGACUCCAUUGUAUUCAGUCACUGGAAACAGCUGAUAGAGUGUCGAUGUAAGCAGGACAUCACCAGUAAAUGCGUCUAUGAACUGAGUUUGAAUGAAAUAUCGAGUACCAUCAAAACACUUAAAGAACCUCAAACACAAUCUUCCAGGAGGUUCUUGCCAUCUACAGGCUCCAGCUCAGUCUUGCUGGCAAAAAAGGAUGAAGAGCUGAUGACUGUUUUGGACAUCUUGUGUGAAAACCAAUGUGAAAACACAGAAAUCGAAGCACAUGAUUCCUUUCAGGAGUUCAGGAGGAAAACAGAGGUGGACUUUUACAGAGGAGGACAGGUUUCAUGGUGGAACUUUUACUUUUCUGAGAAGAAAGGCAGCCUACCGUUCAUAAAACGAGACAAAUACAAAGACCUAUACGACCUGAUCCAUCCUGUAGAUGGCCACAAAUGUUCAUGUGUUAUAAUCAAUCUUUACCAUCAUCCAGGAUGUGGCGGAACAACUUUAGCAAUGCAUGUUCUUUGGAACCUUAGAAGUAAAUUCAGAUGUGCUGUUGUUAAAAACAGCACCGCGACAAAUACUGAAAUUGCAACUCAAGUCAAACGCCUUCUGACACAUGGCAAACAGGAGCAGUCAGAUUAUAUACCUGUACUCCUCUUGGUGGACAACUGGGAUGAUGUAGAGGACCUAAAGCAAUGCAUCCUAAAUGUUGCUAGUGAUAGGAAGCAACAUCUCAUGGUAAUCAUUCUGAAUUGUGAGAGAAUCCAGUCCACUGAUAAGAGCUUCAGAAAUAGCCGCUUUGCAAAUGUGUUAAUCACCAACAAGUUGUCAACCAAAGAGCAGAGUUUGUUUUCUGAGAAACUUCAACAACUCAAGGACAACCACGAGAAGCCAGAUACUUUCUAUGCCUUCAUGAUCAUGACAAAUAACUUCAGUGAGGAUUACAUCAAAAAUCUGGUGAGCAACAUUAUGAAAGAUCUUGAUGCCACUUCCCAACAGGGGAGGCUUCUCUCCUUCCUAGCUUUACUAAACACCUAUGUCAAUGGCUCCUACAUGUCUCUCUCUUUGUGUGAAGAGUUAUUAGGGAUAAGAAAUGCUCUGUGGAAGCCAGAAACCCUUGAUGUUGAAAUGAAUCCCUAUUCCACACUGAUGAUCACUUUCACUGUUGAAGAGCAUGGCAGCUAUCAAGCAGUACGGUUCUUACACCAAAUGAUUGCUAGUAAGUGCCUUGAAUUUCUUACCCAGAAACACAACCUAUCUCUGGCUGAGAUAACAAUCAACCUUUUACACUGUGACAAACUCUACAAAUCAAGCAUGGGAAAGGAUUUCCUAGAACAACACAUUUAUAGCAUGCUCAUAACCCGUCACAGAAAAGAACAAGGAGAUGACAAGGACACGUUGUUUUCUCCAAUGAUAGAAGAUAUAAAUGAGAAGGAUGGACUUGACAAAAGCAAAGCAGUGUUAGAAAAAGCCAUAUCGAGGUUUGACAGAAGUGCAACACUGCCACAAGCACUGGCAAGGCAUUUGUAUUUAAAAGAGAGAGAAUUUAAAUCUGCCCUGAAGUGGGCUUUAUAUGCAAGGCAGAAAGUUUCAAAUUCCUAUAUUGCAGAUACAGUCGGACAAGUGCACAAGAGCCACCUCAAAAAGGAAAUUGAAGAUUCUGAAACUCUCACUCCAGAAAUAUUUGACAAAUGCAUACAAUUAGCAUUCGAUGCUGUAAAUGCAUUCCAGGAUUCACAGGAGCUAGCCAAGAAGGAUGAAUCUUUAGAUGCAUUUGAUAUACAUCACAAAAAAAGGAAGAAGUCCUACAAUACAUCAGGCUAUGUUGGAGAGACAGAAGUCAUGUUGAUCAUCCUUGAUGUCAUUACAUCACUGCCUGUCAGUGACAGAUAUCAGAAGGAUAAAGUGCUACAAUUCCUCAAAGGUGGACAAGUGAGCAGUUUAUGUGAUUUGAGCAACACAACCAUUGACCAGUUUCUUACUGUCCUGAAAUACCAUGAGAAAUUUCUUGUUUCUUUUAAGCCACGGCUGAAGGAACUAUUCACUUUCUUUGAGAACUACUUCACGUACCUAAAACCUAGGUCACAGGAGAGGGAGAUAACUGAUGAAAAAAAUAAAAAGAAGAUUUCUAACUACUUCACAAAAUAUAUGGAAAUAUUUAACAUUUCAGAGGAAGAGAAAGCAUCUGAAAAAGCCAGCAAACCAAGUCUCAGUCGAAAUCAGGAGAUAGUGGAUCAGAGGCGCUAUCUGGAAGUAAAACGAGCAGACUCAUUUGCUGGACUUCUGCAGUGCUUGAAUGACAAACGCUGGAGAGAAAUGGAACACAUUCUCCAAAAAUGGCAGUUUAUAUUUGACAGCUCCUCUCAUAGACGUGUGUCAGAUACAGCCAACUUCAUCCUGGCAAACAUUGUUCUUCACAGCCUCAAGCCAUCCCACGAAUUACUAAAAAAAUAUGAAGAGUUGGUCUCUCUUCUCAAUGAGGAACUACAAAAGGAGGGUACUAAUUCAAAUUCGACAGAGCUGUACUACCUCUCCAUGUUGCUAUUGUGGCCUAUACAAAACCAAAGGCUUGAAAGCUCAGAAUCAUACAGGAAUAUCAACACAUACAUCACAUCAGCCAAGAAAUCUUUUCAUCGACGCUUCUCUCACAUGUUUCCAGCAAGAAGUGCUAUCGCUCAUUUCUUCCUUGGGAAAUCCACUGGACUCAAACGAAUAGUUUCCAAGGUGAAGCUUGAUCAAAUUUUGAAACAAAGCGAUCAGUCAUCUAAUCUGCACCGUUUGUUCCAGAGUGGUGCAGCGUGGAAUAACCCAGAGAUUCAGAGGAUGCUGUUAAGGAUCAAAGGAAAGUCCGAAAAUGGUGAAAUUUAUGUUCACUAUGGCACUCAAAAGGUGUUGGUGCGCCCAGUCUACCUGGGAGAUAUUCGAAGCGGAUACAGUUGUGAGGAAGUAUCCUUCUACCUUGGAUUCACCAUGGAAGGGCCUGUGGCCUAUAACAUUAAGUAUGAAAAUGAGCAAUGAGGACAUUUAACAAGCAGAUGUGAACAGUAGUAAGUAAUAAAAAUGGCAAGGAAAUAACAAACCUGUUUCAUUAUUAUGAGUUUAUUUCACAGUAUAAUCAACACACUCAGGUGAAAACACUGGAUCUUACAAAUAAAACACCCACAUUCAUCUUCUAGAAAAAGGAGAAAAAGAGUUGUGUUGGGUGCUUUUCUAAAACAAGUGCAUGCUUGGGCAUUUAUUGUCUGGCUUUAGUGAUCGUUGAAAUAGUACACCAACUGAGAAGCUGAAAAUGAUUCUGGUUAAAUAGCAGUCGCCCGGGCUUCUGGCCUGCUGCUGACCUCUUUUCACUGAGUUGGGACCGUAACCCCAACAGAAUAAAGAAACAUGAGGAAAUGUUUUAUUGAUAUCAUAUCUACCUUUUGAUAAACCUUAAUACUUAAGUUUUAUAUACAGUAUAUGCUUAGAACCGUUACAUUCACAUUUAGUAUCUUGAGAUUAACCAUUUGCUAACAUAGACCUCAAUAAUGGAACCCAGCAUUGCAAGCAAGUGCCUUUUACUAAUACUGAGUCUGAGGUCUUAAUUUAGGUCUGUAAUUUACAUUUAUAUUUACUGUGAGACACUAUUUGGCAAAUAUGUUACAUGUUCAUUUUUAAAGAUUUUCUGUUUUCUUUUUUCUUUUUUUUUGGCGCUGAGUUGGGACUGUAACCCCAACAGAAUAAAGAGCCAUGAGGAAAUGCUUUGUUGAUAUCAUGUCUACCUUUUGAUAAACCUUAAUACUUUAGUUUUAUAUACAGUGUAUACUUAGAACUGUUACAUUUAAAUUACCUUAUUACUCUGAGUCAGUGUGUGAAGCACAUGCUGGCAAUACUGGCAAUACUACUUUUAUAUCUACUCUAAGACACUAUUUGACUAAUGUGUAAAUGUUCAUUUUUAAAGAUUUACAUUUUUUUGUUUGAUAUUUGUAGAGCUGGAAUACUGCGAUAGUAAAAUCAAAUUCAUUCAUGUAUACGUUUGAAGUCAUUGUGAUAUUAUGUAUUGUUAAGGAUAUGACUUUUUUCAGAGCCUUCAUGUAUUAAAAUUGAAAUACUGAUGACAAA